AUGGAAGAGUUUCAAUCAAAAGCAUUUGAGGUUGAUGGGGAAAUUGAACCAGAUGAUAAUGAACCAUUAACAGGUGAGGAGUAUUUAAAAAGGGUUAGAUGGCAAGCUAAUCGAUGUCCUUCAGUUGUUGUAGCCACAAAUAUAGAUUAUAGUAAAUUAAAAAUUAAAUCACCUUCAAAAAAUUAUUUUACAUUACCACCAUCCAUCACAAAAUGUAAUAAAGAAUUUUUACCAACCGAAAAAUGGGAAAAAGAAUUUUUAAAUCAUUUUUCAGAAUUUAGACAAAAGCUAAAAUAUAUUAAAGAGAAUAAUAAUAAUAAAGAAAUUAAAAUUCAAUUACCACAUAUAAAUGAUAAAAGAUAUUGGUAUAUAUUCUGUUUUGGUAAUGAUAAUAAAUUAAAUGAAGAGGAAGAAGAAGAAAGUAUUGAUGAAGAAGAUGAAGAAGAAAUUAUUUAUGAAAAAGAUGAAGAAGGUGAAGAAAGUUUUGAUGAAGAUACUGAUGAAAGUGAAAAUAUUAAUGAAGGAAUUAAUCAAUAUGAAAGUGAUAGAAAAAUAAUAAAUCAUUCUAAUAAUAAUAAUAAUAAUAAUAAUAAUAAUAAUAAUAAUAAAAAUAAUCAAAUUAAAAGUAAUAAACCAACAAUAGAGCUAUUAUGUAAAUUAGAUCAUGUUUUAACAGUGAAAUUGGUAAAUUAUCAUAUUGAAUGGUUAGAAAAGAGAGAGUUUACCCAAGAGAGAUCUUAUUGGUUAUAUAUGUUAUUAUCAAAGUUAGAGAAACCUAUUGACUCGGAUACAUGUUCAAAUUUACGUUCUUGUUUAAGAAGAUUAGCUCUAUUUAGAUCAAAGCUCAAUAGUUUAAAUGAUCCAAACUUACCAUCAAUUAAUAUUUUAUUUACAAUAAUUGCAAAAUAUUUUGAACAAUUAGAACCAAGUGAUACUCUGGCAAUAUAA